UCGGGGCGCUUGUGUGCUGCAUGUCUCUCUUUGGAUUGUUUAGCUGCAAAUGCUACAUAACCUCCAUGACCUUUAACCGUUUCCUUGUGGUGUUCUGCUCUGUUUCGGUUAUACGCCACUAACUCCGUAGCUUUGAGCACAGGCCUGGUAGCCUCGUAGCAGACUCACCGACACAUGCAUCUUCUGCGUCGCAAUCUCACCAGGCCUGCAAUAUGGACGACGUAACCGAGGCUGCCCUGAUCAAAACGUUCGACAAACUUGCAUCAGAACAUGUCAUUUUAUACGGGCCCUAUGAGUCGAUCGAAGUGGAAGAUGAAGGGUACCCUAUGGAGUUUCGCAUCUGCCCAGCACUAGCUACAAAACCUCACACAGUGGGUGCUACCAACCAUGCCUUCAAUCAAUCGCGAAAAUUGGGUCCAGGAAGCGACAUGUUUUGCCCGGACGAGCGAAUCAUGAUCAAGCAGAUCAACGGAACGCACGACCUAGCACUGAACCUAUUCUGUGUGGAUAGGCCGCAGUUACUGAUGACGACCUUGGACUCGUACAAGCGUCAACACGAGGCUCUUGACGCAGAAGAUUUUACAGUCAUGCUUGAAGUUUUGCGAAAGCUUCCAAACAUGUACGUCAUCUUCAACUGUGGGGAGAGAGGUGGAUGCAGUAGGGUGCACAAACAUCUCCAGGGCUUGAAAGGGCCACCACAUGCUUUCGACUAUAUCAUCUCCUCUCUUCACGAUUCGUCCAAGAAGGUACCUUAUCAAUUCUUCGUUCAUGAGUUCAAGCAUGGGUUCAAGGACACUUCAGCCUCAACCGUUGUUGAUGCGUACAAAAAGCUUCUCUCACAGUGUCGGUCAUCUAUGGGAACUGAAGAAGAUGAUACUCCUCCACACAACGUCGUCAUGUGGGCUGAUCGUCUCGUGGUCGUUCCACGUCGGGCAGGUACCACAGAAGGAGCAAGUGCGAAUGCUGGAGGAAUGCUGGGAAGUGUAUGGGUAACCGGCAAAGAGCAUGUGGAUAAAUGGUCUAGGGUCGGCUAUGCGAACGUGUUGAGGGAGUUGGGCGUUCCACGUUCCUAAGAGAACGCCAUAGUAUCACUUGCAUCUCGUAUAUCCAAACAAGUUGUUGUCGAGGCGCAUGCAGACCAUACUGUGGCUGCUCAAUAUGCAUCCUCCUUCCGAUUCCAGACGUUCGCUUCGCACCAGAUACUCACCAUACUGGAGCACGUCAACUUACUAACAAACACCACGAGAUCACGUACCUGGCACUAUCCAAGCCCCGUAUUUGGCCUAUCUAGUAGCCAAGACCAGCCAGCAUAGUCUCCGAAACGUGCACCUGCCUAAUGCGACAGACUAAAACCGCCCGCACCAAUCACGCUUGCGUGCC